UGAUUUUGCAUUUCCGGGUGGUAGCCAAUCGUAGACACGGGUUCCAGCUGUCCUCCUGCACUCAGAAUGUCAAUCUCUAUAUACAGCCGCCAACACCCUACCAAAUACCACAAUGGAAAAUUGUUAAAUAUAAUCCCUGCACACAGUUAAUCCUUUGAUCGCCCCUCAUGUUAACCCCUUCCUGCUCAGUGCCAUUAGUACAGUGUCAGUGCUUUUUUUUUAGCACUGAUCACUGUAUUGGUGUCACUGGGGAUGUCAGUGACACCAGGUCAGUUCCCCCCCAGUGUCAGAAUGUCCACUGCAUUCCCGCUAUA